AUGUCUGCGGCCCAGAACCUGUUUUCAAAGGAGAUAUCAAAGGCUCCUCCGCCUCCGCUGCCGUCGAAUCCAGGCUCGCUACCUGCCAACGUCUCUGUUGACCCGCUCAGGAUGGUAGGCAAGGAGUUGAAGUUUCUCAAGAAGAAUUUGCGCUGUCUUCUGGGCUCCGGACACCCAAUUCUAGACCAAGUUGCGAAAUACUACGCUCAGAGUGAAGGAAAGCAGGUCCGGCCCAUGUUGGUGCUGCUUAUGUCUCAAGCCACAGCAUUGACGCCCAGCUGUGAAAAGCGUCGAGAACGAGACCAACUGCUUAGCUCGCUACUAUCUACCCCUUCUUCGAGCUCGUCAGGAGCGUACAUUAACGAUUCGAUCAAUUCCCCGGCUAUUCUGGCUGAUACAAAUCCCGAUCUCAUGCCACUUAGCUCACCUACCCGAGAUACCGUAUAUGCGCCUACCAAGGAAGAUUCCAAGGAUAACUUUACCAACGUCCUCCCUUCGCAACGCCGCUUGGCUGAAAUCACUGAGCUGAUUCAUACUGCUUCCCUCCUACAUGACGAUGUCAUUGAUAACGCUGUGACUCGCCGAUCAAAUCUCUCUGCCAACCUUGCGUUUGGAAACAAGAUGGCUGUGCUGGCUGGAGAUUUCCUUCUUGGCCGUGCAUCCGUCUUCAUCGCCAGGUUACGUGAUCCCGAAGUCAUCGAGUUGCUAGGAACCGUCAUGGCCAACCUGGUCGAAGGUGAAUUCAUGCAAUUGAAAAACACCAUGCUUGAUGAAUCAAACCCGGUAUGGUCCGAAGAUAUCAUCUCAUAUUACCUGCAAAAGACAUAUUUGAAAUCUGCCAGUUUGAUCAGCAAGUCCUGCCGUGCAGCUGCGUUGCUGAACCAGAGUGGCCCCGACGUCGCGGAAGCAGCUUAUCUCUUUGGAAGGAACCUCGGAUUGGCCUUCCAACUUGUUGAUGAUAUGCUAGAUUAUACCAUCAGUGGAGAGGAGCUGGGUAAACCUGCCGGUGCCGACCUAGAGCUAGGAUUAGCUACUUCACCCUUGUUAUUUGCCUGGAAACAACGGCCAGAGCUUGGAAAACUCGUAGGCAGAAAAUUCUCUCGUGAAGGAGAUGUCCAGUUGGCCCGUCAAAUUGUUUCACAAUCUGAUGGUCUCGAACAAACUCGGGCUCUUGCCCAACAAUAUGCCGACGACGCCGUUGCAGCCAUCAGCAAAUUCCCCGACAGUGAAGCAAAGGACGGUUUAAUCGAAAUCUGCCGCAAGACCAUCAACCGAAGAAAGUAA